AAUGCAGCACUGUAGCUUGAAGCGGAGAGCUUCAAAGCCUUCAGAACUUAAAUAGCAGUGGAAUUUGAGGCGACGUGUGAGUCCGAAAUAUACUUCAUUUUUUAAAUGAAAUUCGUUUGCCAUAUAUUUCAAACUACAUUAUAAAAGUUUGCUUAUUGUUCAACUAUGUUGGCGUUGGAUUUCUCUGGUAUCCAUUAUUUUGUUUUCCCUCCUCCCUGCUCCGCCAUGAUGUUUUGUGAGUGAGCAGCAGCUACUUGAGCCUUCAGGCUGCGGACUGUUGUGGAAGGGAGCUGCAAUGGAUGGAUGCUUUGUUUUUUACAAAAUAUUUGUCUUAGUUUAAACAAAAUGCUUCAUUCCGGACACAUUUUCCUUAUUGAUAUACUCCGCGCUGUUGCGGACGGCUGCUGAUUCUUAAUAAAUGCUCCAGGAGCAACGGUUUUUCAGUUAUAAUUUGAAGAUUAACGCUAGCUGAAGCUGUUUUAAGUGGCUAGACUCACAGCUAGCCCCUCUCCUUUGCUGUCUACCAUCACAUUCUUGUGUCUCCUGCCUCGGGAAUGUUCUCCAAAAAGCCUCAUGGGGACGUUAAAAAGUCAACACAGAAAGUGUUGGACCCGAAGAAGGACGUGUUGACGAGACUCAAACAUCUCAGAAUAGUCAUAGAAAAUGCAGAGCCCUCAGAGCUGAAGCAGUUCUUCGACCUGAACUACUCCCAUAUCUACUAUGUCUUCUUUGAGAACUUUGUCACCAUCGAAGUCAGCCUCAAGCAAAAAGGUCACAAGUCUCAGAGGGAGGAGCUGGACUCUAUCCUUUUCAUCUUUGAGAAAAUCCUCCAGCUCCUACCAGAGAGAAUUCAGAGACGAUGGCAGUUCCACAGCAUCGGGCUGAUCCUCAAGAAGCUGUUGCACACUGGGAACUCUCUAAAGAUCCGCCGUGAAGGUGUGCGCUUGUUCCUGCUGUGGAUGCAGGCGCUACAGACUAAUGCGGAGCGUGAGCAGCUCUGCAUGUUUGCCUGUUUGAUCCCUGGCUUCCCAGCGCCACUCUGCCACGGGACUCCACGCACCUUGGACACGCUGAUCAACCCGUCGCUGAGUUUAACAGAGACUCAGGUGACCCCAGAAGAAAUCACUCCACUGGUUCCUCCCCAGUCAGGUGACAAGAACCAGGAAGACCUCACUGCUUAUUUUCUAGAAGCGCUACUGAAAUACAUGGUAAACCAGGCCAAGUCUCUUGAGUGGCGUUGUAAAGACAACCACGAACGUGGUUUCAGCUUCCUCUUUGGUCACUUCAGGAAAUUUUACCUUUCACACAUCUUUCCCAACUUCGCCAUGGAAACCAGCCUCUACAGCCCCAUACUGGAUGUGCCUCCGAUGCGUUCUAAACCCUACUACAGCGUGGUGCGCAGGGAGCAGGACGGUGGUGAAACAAUCUACUGCACCAAAGAGAGUUUCCUUCAGGCUCGAGUUAUCUUCAUCCGCUGGCUGGUUUCCUUCUGGCUGGAGCCACGACCCAACACACACACACACAUCCCAGGAACAGAGGGAGAGAACGUCCCCAAGAACAUACAGCGAGCAGCAGCCGGACUGGCUGCUCGCUCUGCAGGCAGCUCAGACGACAGCGGUGGAGGAGGUAUCCGAUCUGACAACCACCUGGAAGGGAGCGGGAGCUCAUUAGGACCAGGAGGAAGCAGCAUGGGGAUCUGUGGGGGUUCAGGGACUGGGGGUGAACCUGAACAGAGUCACUCCAACACGUCUACAUUGACAGAGAGGGAGCCCAGCUCCUCCUCGCUCUGCUCCAUGGAUGAAGAGCAGCUAACAGACAUGGAGGUGGUGAGGAGAGUCCUGACCAGCUCCAGAACCAACGUCAACUUCAUCACUGAGAUCUUUAGACAGGCCUUUCUUCUUCCCAUGUGCGAAGCUGCAGCAAUGCGAAAAGUGGUCCGUGUUUACCAAGAGUGGAUCUCCAUGGAGGACAAGCCAGUGUUUAUGAAGGAGCCAGAGGAGGGACCCUAUCCCAUAGCCACUGCAAGCAGUAUGGAUACAGGCUCUCAGCUCGGAGACAAGGAUGAUGAGGGAAACAAGGCGAUUGACAGUGAACUGUUAGAGUACAGUGUUCAUGCAGGAGUUCAGACUACACUACAGGUCUUUAUCACCCACUCCUCUAACGUUUUCUUACUGGAGCCAGCCAACGACAUCAAGAUCCUUUUAGAGGAGCAUGUCGACAUGUGCAAGAGAGUCUUAAACAUCUACCGCAGCCUUGUCAUGCAUGAGACCAUGGACCAGAAAACAUGGGAGCAGAUCUUACUGGUUCUGCUGAGGGUGACAGAGUCUGUGAUGAAAAGACCUCCAUCCAUCAUGCCUCCAGGCAAGAAGAACAACACACUGUCAGGCAGAUUGGCUGGACCUAUCUUUCAGACACUGAUAGUAGCUUGGAUUAAGGGGAACUUGAACGUCUACAUCAGCAGAGAACUGUGGGAUGACCUCCUCUCCGUCCUCUCCUCCCUUACCUGCUGGGAGGAGCUGGUGACUGAGUGGUCACUCACCAUGGAGACCCUCACCAAGGUGUUGGCCAGGAACCUGUACAGUGUUGAUCUGAACGAGCUGCCUCUGGACAAACUCAGUGAACAAAAACAGAAGAAACAUAAAGGAAAAGGUAUAGGUUCAGAGGGCCAGCGGCAGAUUGUGGAUCGUUCCUUCUCUAAAGGCUGGAGCAGAGACCAACCAGGACAGGCUGCAGCCAUGAGGCAGCGAAGCGCCACCACCGCUGGCUCACCAGGCAUCGAAAAGGCCAGGAGUAUAGUCCGCCAGAAGACUGUAGACCUCGAGGACCCGCCAAUCACAUUGACGUCCCGCCCGUCUCGGAUGAGACACUCUUCCCAGAGCGACGAGGCCCCGCCCACCUCCUGCUCUGAGGUGUUCCAGGCAGUGGCUUGUGAGCUGGAUCCCCCGGGCCCUUCCUCCCUUGCAAGGAGCAGCAGUGCCUCUGAUAUCAUGGAGCCUUUCAUCGCAGAGCGGGUCAAAGGUGAAGACCCACAGAGGGAUCCCAGUUUGAUCCCGAACCCCCACCACCACCACCACCACUCCACAGCUACUUCCUUAAUCACAGCCAAUAGCCACACAGCUCAACCACUCCCACACCCCCUCCACUCCUCCUCUCCCACCCCUCUUACCUUAUCCAAUGGUGUUGUUUCCUCUACCUCAGAGGGACAAGAUGAUGGUAGUGUAUGUGACCAGUUCUGGCACCAGAUUGGCUCUCAAAGCCGAGGUUGUAGUUCUGAUUGGGUAAGCGACUGGGAUUCUGCCUUCAACUUCUCUACUGAAAAGGAAAUCGAUGCUGAGGAGGGUGAAAUAGGGGCUGUGGUAGAGGAGGACGAUUUAUUCUCCUCUAUUCGGGACUAUUUCACUCACAAAGGAGCUGAGAGGAAGGAGGAGACAGGAGAGAGAGAUAGUCCUGCUCAUGCAUUAGAAAACAAUGCUGUACCUUCAUCUGUACCAGUGCAAACCGGGAUAGCUAGAACACAAAUAGAAUACACAGGACAGAUGGGACAGGCAAGAAAGGUGGUGAGAGGAGAGGAGAGACAGAUUGUGACAGAGGACAGGCAGGUAAGUAAAUCAGUGAGACACAGCAGCGUUGAUUCAACAGAGGAGGGUUACACAGAGCAGCGGAGCAUCUAUGAGUGUUUGGAGUUGCAGUGUCAGUGGCCGUCACCCAAUGCUAAAGGAAGCGCCAGCUUAGAAAGACACACUGGGGAGAAGGAGAAAAGGGGAGGAAAUACAGGAAGAGGAGCUGGGUGGGAGGGAAAAUGUGACAUGCGAAGGGAACUGGGAGACGAGAAGAAGGAUGAUAAAGAAGCAGCUGCAAGCGAUAGGUCCAGUUUAAUCAGACAAGACAACGUAGUAGAAUCUAGCAUUGAACCAAUUCAAACUCCCCAUCCUGUUGACCUAACUAAGCCCAAGAUGUCCCGUAGUAGCGCCAAGAGGCACCAUUCUGGGGGUGUCCAUGUCAGCUUCCGGCCCUCGACCGAGUCUGUUCAGUUCCACAACCCCCUUGAGAGUAAAGAGGCCCACUGGAGAGCCAGGCUGCGCCGCCUCAGUCACUUCCACACUCAUAGCCACUCAGCUGGCGAGAGGCAGGGGUCCGGAGCUGGGGCGGGGUCAGGGGGAAAGCUGGGAGCAGGGGGUGCAGGUAAGUUUGGCUCUGUGGCAGGCAUUGGCCAUAGAGUAGGGGCACAUGAGAGAUCGGGCUCUGGGACUGUUACAGAUAACAGUGGGGCGGGGGGCAUAGCAGGUGCUGGAGGCCUGGAAAACAGGGCUGGGACUGGAGCAGGAGACAAGGACAAGCAGCAGCAUCCUGGAUCCUGUGCGGGAUCCAGUCCGGGCCCUGAGGCUCACUCAGAGGCCUUACCAAGCAGUUCAGGUUCCUCUGGUGUGUCGUCGGGGGUGCGUGGCCGUUUGGGACGCUCUGCCUUACGAUCUCGGGCCUCCCGCUCACGCUCCCAGGAGCCUGGCAGCACUGUCUCACGGCACCACCAGGGGGCUCUUCUUGGUGGCAUGUAUAAGACUGUGGUUCACGCUCUGUCCUCCAAGCCCCGGCCCCGAGGUCAGGGGUCAUCCCAAGGCUCGUCGCCACAGCGACAGGGCCGGGCUGCCAUGGGUGACGCGUCGCUAAGAGACCUCUACUCCCAUGUCCUGGGCUACUUUGGACGAAAGACGACCACGCCAGCCAACAAAGAGGAGAUGGUCCAGAAGGCCCGUCCAGUCUCCACUGAUGUGGGAAGCAGCAACCCAAACUUCUCUGACCUCAUGGAUGAGUUCAUCCAGGAGAGACUGAGGGCCAAAGGAACAGCGGGCCGUCGUGGCAGCAGCCCAGGCAGUCUGGAGGUUCCCAGGGACCUGCCAGAGCUCCUGGAGGCUGGUCAGAGUCCUGGAUCACGACCCACAGAUGACCUCCGGCCUAUUGAUGAUCCGGGGGUUCCCUCUGAGUGGACGUCACCUGCCAGUGCCAGCGGCUCUGAUGUCAUCAGCUCAGACAGCCAGUCGGACUCUUUUAACGCCUUUCAAUACUCCACCUGCAAGUUUGAUAAUUUUACUUUCACCUCAGAAGCAUCUGGAGGUGGAGUUGGAUCUGGAGGAGGAGGAGGAGGAGGAGGAGGAGGAGGUGGACGAGGCAGCUCACUGGACCAGGACAGCCUAGGAGGCGGCGUGGCCUGUGAAGAACACGAAGUAGAAAGUUUGACGACACUUCACAUUGACUCGGAAACCAGCAGCCUUAGCCACACUGUCACUGUGACUGGUUCUGAGAGUGCGUCUCCCAUGCAUUCCCUCGGGGGCUCUCGUUCCCAGACGCCCUCCCCUGCCACACUGACUGCAGAGCACACAGAUCGCACACACUCCCACUCACACACACACCUACAGCUGGACCAGAAGCUCCACAACUCUGUCCUACAGACUCCAGAUGACCUGGAAACGAGUGAGUUCCCCAGUGAGGACUGCAGUGUGAUGGCAGGUGGCUCUCUAACUGGAUGGCACGCAGAUGUUGCCACGGUAAUGUGGCGGAGGAUGCUGGGUAUCCUGGGGGACGUCAAUAGCAUCAAAGAUCCCGAGAUCCAUGCUCAGGUCUUCGACUACCUGUGUGAACUGUGGCAAAACCUGGCAAAGAUCAGAGAUAAUUUGGGCAUUUCUCAUGACAACCAGUCGUCUCCCCCGCCCCCUGUUCUGAUCCCACCCCUGAGAAUCCUCACUCCCUGGCUCUUCAAGGCCACCAAGCUGACAGAGCGUUACAAGCAGGGGAAGCUUCAUGCCUAUAAGCUGAUCUGCAGGAUCAUGAAGAGGCGGCAAGAUGUUUCCCCAAACACAGACUUUCUUACACACUUCUACAACAUCAUGCACCAAGGACUGCUGCACCAAGACCAGGACAUUGUGAACACCAUCAUCAAGCACUGCAGUCCCAGGUUCUUCAGUAUCGGUCUACCUGGAGCCACCAUGUUGAUUCUGGACUUCAUCAUUGCAGCUUCUAGAGUCACUGCCUGCUCAUCACUUAAUGCCCCGAGAGUGGAGGCCCAGAUCCUGCUUGGAUCUCUGGUGUGUUUUCCCAACUUGUAUGGGGAACUCCCAGCCCUCCAUCCCACCACAGCCGACGUGGUGCUUACCAAGUUCCCUGAUGUCAAGGAGCACAUUAUCAAAACCAUCCUGACUUCUGCCCGGGACGAACCCUCUGCUCCUGCCAGGUGUGUGGCUCUGUGCAGUCUGGGUAUCUGGCUGUGUGAGGAGUUGUCUCAUGGGACUCAACAUCCACAGAUUAAGGAUGCUCUCAACGUCAUCUGUGUCACUCUGAAGUAUCCCAAUAAGAAUGUAGCACUGGUGGCGUCAGACAUCCUUCACCUUCUGAUCAGUCAUGUGGAUCAUCUUCUGAAAUUCCCCCCUGACACUCCAAAGAAGAUCGUUGAGAUUUUGAUUGCCACCAUCACAUACUUGCUGCCUUCUACCGAGUCCUCUCCUCAUGAACUGGAUAAGAGGCUGGUAGUGUCCCUCCUGUUGUGUCUGCUGGACUGGGUGAUGGCUCUGCCUCCAAAGACUCUCCUUCAACCUGUUCAAACACAAAGCCCUCCAGACAAGGACCAGCCUACCAAGACCUUGCUCAGCUGUAUUUAUAAGGUGUUGCACGGGUGUGUGUAUGGAGCUCAGUCUUUCAACAGCCCUAAGUAUUACCCGCUGCAGCUGUCAGACCUGCUGAGUCCAGACUACGACCCGUUCCUGCCGUUAGAGAGCCUCAGAGAACCAGAGCCGCUGCACAGCCCGGACUCUGAACGCUCCAGCAAACUACAGCCAGUCACUGAAGUUCGUAGCCGUAUUCAGCAGGGCCUGGUUUCCAUCGCAGCCAGGACAGUUAUCACCCACCUGGUCAACCAUCUAGGGCAUUACCCUAUGUCUGGAGGACCCGCCACUCUGUCCAGCCAGGUGUGUGAGAACCAAGACAACCCAUACUGUGAGAGUGCAGAUCUAGGACCAGAACUUUUCCACUCACCAAACCUGCAGUUCCUGGUUCUGAACGGCUCCACGCUACUCUCAGUGCUUCAGAUCCGGUCAGAGUCUGGUGUACCAGGAGGUGGAAUGACAGCUGGUUUGUCCUCUGCUCCCGCCUGUGUUCGUGUCAUCAUCCGAGAUGUGGCUGGAAAGCACUCCUGGGACUCUGCCGUCCUCUACGGGCCCCCGCCAUGUUCCCCAAGCAGCCCAGCACACACACUUCUGACACACACACAAUCACCUCACAGUGCGAAUCUUCAUUUACGCACCCCACCAGGUGGUCCAACGAAAAAGAUGGGUGUGGAGAGAAAAGACAGCGAGGAAGACAGGCCGGAGGAAAGGGAGUCUGAGGAGGGAGGAAGAGGGAUGGAGGGUGAAAGGCAAGAGUUUGAGGGAGACGGAGAUGAGGAAGGAGAGGAGAGGAAAGUCAGUGAGGAGGAGAGGGGAGAGCGAAGAGGAGGAGAAGAAGAAGAGGAGGAGCAGGAGGAGGGGAAGAUGGAGCAUAGAAUGGAUGCGGACGGGGAUAGAGGAGAGCCAUGCUUGGAACAGCUUCUAGCGCCACCAUUGGCUAAACGUGUGUGUCGGGAGGCGGUGCCAGCAUGGGAUUCGCUGAGGGAAGGAGACGAUGCACUGGAUGAAAUGCUGCAGUAUCUGGGAUACUCGAGUCCAGAAUGUCUUCAGAGGGCAGGCAUGCCGCUCAACAUCCCAGCCCCUCCUCCAGCAUGUGUGUCAGAAAAGCAGGAGAACGAUGUGAUCAAUGCCAUCCUGAAGCAGAGCGCCGCCGAGCGAGAGUUUGUCCUUCAUAGAGGUGAGGAGUUGAACAUGAGAGCGGUGCAGCAGCCUGAACCAGAGACCCAGACACCACAGUCAGCCUUCUACUACUGUAGACUAUUGAUCAACAUACUGGGACUCAACUCCUGGGAGAAGAGGAGUAACUUUCAUUUGUUGAGGAAGAACGAGAAGUUACUGAGAGAGCUGAAGAACCUGGACUCACGGCAGUGCCGUGAGACUCAUAAAAUAGCAGUGUUUUAUGUGGCUGAAGGCCAAGAAGACAAACACUCCAUACUAACCAACACAGCAGGCAGCCAGGCCUAUGAAGACUUUGUCUCUGGACUGGGCUGGGAGGUGGACCUCACCACUCACUGUGGCUUCAUGGGAGGUCUCCAGAGGAAUCGCAGCACAGGCCAGACCACACCAUACUACGCCACCUCCACCACUGAGGUCAUCUACCACGUGUCCACCCGCAUGCCCCACGACCAAGACCACAACCUCACCAAGAAGCUUAGACACCUGGGUAAUGACGAGGUCCACAUCGUUUGGUCGGAACAUUCCAGAGACUACCGUCGAGGGAUCAUCCCCACCGAGUUUGGAGAUGUGCUUAUCAUCAUCUACCCCAUGAAGAACCACAUGUAUUCCAUCCAUAUCCUAAAAAAACCUGAGGUGCCAUUCUUCGGUCCAUUGUUUGACGGUGCCAUAGUGGACAUGAAGAUUUUGCCCACCAUGGUCAGAGCCACAGCUAUCAACGCCAGUCGAGCUCUCAAAUCACUCAUUCCUCUAUACCAGAACUUCUAUGAGGAACGUGCCCGAUACCUAGAAACCAUCGUGCAGCACCACCAGGAGCCGACCACAUUCGAGGAUUAUGCAGCCCGUGUCUACAGUCCCGCUCCCUGCACACACCUGCCUUCUGACACAGGCUCCUGCCUCGAGAUUCUUCGGGGAGAAAGUCCGGCUCUUGGGGAGGCCGGGAGCGACUCGGCGUCCCCCAUGUCUCCUCGGACUAGCAAGAGCCGCAUGUCCAUGAAGCUGCGACGCUCCUCUGGAUCGGCCAAUAAGACUUGAGCUUUCCAGACACUUCAUAUCAUGUUACUCCUUGAAAGACGUUUCUUUAGAGGGAAUUUGGUCUGUAAUUGUACCUAAAAAAAAAAAAAAGAAAAAGAAAAAAAAAAAAAGUACAAGAAAUUAAACUUGACACAACGGUUAAAACAAGUUAAAAGUCGCCCCCCCCCCCCGCCCCUCCCCAGCAUGCUGCCGUUCUGAUUAGACACUGGCCUUUUAUGUACAGAACGCUUCAUUGCACAGUUGUACUCUCAAAAACUCAUGUAAUAGUUUAUCUACUCUACUGUAUUUUUGUGGGCUAUAAUUAUACUGUAACUUAAUUUUGAAAGUCCUCACAGCUGCUGCAUUUAUCCUCAGCUUUGCUCACAAAAAAAACCCCCACAUAAACCAGUUAAACCAGUGCUGCAGCAUGCUGAUUUUUGCCACAGUAGCGACAGCUGAACAAUUGCAGCCUAAGCAGUGCAGUAUUAGUUCACAAUCAUUUGUAGAACAAAGAACUCCCGCACAUUUCUACACUUGCAAAUAGAGAAGAUUUAUUGGGAACAACAUUUCAGUACACAGACCUUCAUCAGGUUAUUUUACAAGAUAAAAGGAGAGACCAUCUGAAGUAGGUUGGUUGACCCAUGUGGACCAAUCAGGUCACACUGCAGACUGACUGUCAGUCUGUAGUGUGACCUGAUUGUUCUUUGUUCCACUAUAGUCGGUUCAUGGUCUUCUCCUGACAAUGUACAGGAGCACAAAAGUUCUGCUCCUUCAUAAUCAUCUGUGCCAUGUUCAAAAUUGCACAAACUCAAGUGUAACCAGGACUGCAAAAAGCUAAAGUGUGCCACAUUGUACCUCGCUCUGCUUUCAGCUGGACUGCGUACACUUAUUAGAGAGCUCGGUCGGUGAGAUCAAACUACAGAACAAAGAGAAAGAGUCUCCGUGUGAUGUUGCGCUCUUGAAAGAUGUUUAUGGGAAAUCUGUAUAUUUGUAUUAUAGUCAGCCUGCGCGUGUACAGACAGAAAGCUGAGUUUUGAUAUAAAAAAUAAUAAUGUUUUCAGAGUGAUGGCACCUGUAGAAAGUUGCAUGAAAAAGCAAGAUAGUAAAAGUCUAUUUUUGUUGUCGGAGCAGCGUUAGGCCCAUAAAGAUAGUACUGAUGAGGGCAGGGGUCGGUUUCUAUUCACUCCUCAUAAAAUGUAAAUAGAAACUCAUUCAUUUGCUAACAAUAAAGAAAACAUGACGUUCCUUCUUUAGAGGUUGGACGCUGUCAAGCCAAAAAUGUUUUCAGUGUUUGAAUCCAGAAGAAAAUCCCCCCCUUGCCUGAACUGAUGGGACUGAACAUGACCCGACCCUUUCUCCGAGCGCGACAAACAGUGUUAUAGUGAUGAUGGAGGGAUUGUUUGUCUUUCAUAGAUGAAUAUAGACGAACACGACAAACCGCUAAAAGAACCGAGCACUUGUUACAUAAAGUUUAGUUAUGACGUUUUUUGCUCAUGCUGUAAAAUGUGGACAAGCACUGAUGUUUGUUUAUUUUCCUUCAGUCUGAUGAAAUUUGCUGUUGUUUUUUUUUGUUGUUGUUUUUUUUUAUUGACUGUUUUCACCCGAACAAGAAUGUCGCUGUCACUCUGUCAUCUGAUGCAAUGGAACCACAGCUUUUCUUUCUUUGUUCGUCUUGAGUAUAUAAAUAUAUAUAUUCUGUAUAUCUAUAUAUGUAUGAGUCUAAAUAUAAAUAUAUAUAUAUAGUAGAUAUAAGAAUAUCUAUAAGAAUAUGUACAGUGUGAGAAGGCUUGUUGUGUAUAUACUGUUAUGUGAGAAUAGCUGCCAAAGCCAAACAAAUGGGUUGACACUACAAGAUUUUAUGCUUCAACGGUUCCUCUUUUAUAACCAGUUUGCACUUCAUCUUAUUUUAGCUCAGAUAUUCUACUUUACAGCUGACGUGUUGAACCUUGAUGCCACAGCCAGACUCUGGAAGAACAGAGGAAAAAAUUAGGAUUGUCCAUGAUCUUGUAAAUUUGUUUGGGGACGUCCAUGUUGUUUUUUUUGUUAAAUGUCACUUUGUUUUUCCUCCAAACAUGAAUUACUGUAAAAGAGGAGACACACUGGGCCUGGUGUGUGAAGCACUUAACGUCACUAUAGCUGCAAAUGUGGAGCGGUCCACAUAUAUAAAGGGGUGGAUUUGAGGACAUGUUUAAUGUCAAUAAGAGAAGUUUAAGUCCAUCGUUUUCAGUGUUUCUUUUUUUGUUGUUGUUGUUAAAUAAGGCCAAGUGUCUUUCUGUUCGAGGCGGUUUUAGUGGUGAAAAAGGAAAAUCAAAGCGUAAAAAAGAAAGAUUCUGUAUAUUCAAGUCCAAAGAGGGGGAGAAAUUAGAGAUGGCAACUUGUAUGAAUGCUUUUCUUUUCCGUUUUUGUUGUUUUGUUUUUUUUACUCCGCUCUUGUAUUUAGACUCAUCCCCAGCUCCAGCUCUGGAUUGAGGGGAUCCGCAUGUAAUCAAAAAUCUAACACUACCAUAGAGGAUUUUUUUUUUUGUGUGUUUAACGUCUUCAUUCGAGCACUCCAUCAGUCAGACUCAACACAAACACAAGUCACAAAUAUUCAAAUUAGUUUGUAUGGUUGAAGUACUUGAGGUGUGCUUGAUUUAUUACACCUCAGUGGCCUCAAACACUCAUUCCAAAGCUUAAUUAUCACUAUUUUCAUAAUAAUCAUGGCUGUGGUUUUCCAGGGUUUUUCGUUCAUCCACGUGAUCCCUUAUAAAGGAAACCUACAUACUGUAUAUGAAAGAUCUGUAUGUGACAGUAGAGAUACGUGUUAUAAAGGUUUUGCAUAAUGCUUCACUGCUUAAUCUGAGUGUGUUACACGGGCUGUUUCUUCUGUUUCACUUUAAUGUUUUUUUUUUUUCCAGACAUAUCCUCCACAGAGAGGAGAGGGAUUGUAAACAGAUUUUUUUUGGACCUUCUGCAGGGUUGACAUUGAUCAAUUUUAAAAAUGACAUUGUAAAAUAAGGUCAAAUUCAUGCUACUUUGUGUGUGAAUAUUUGAAGUCAGCUGAGAUUUGAGUUUUCCCUUUAAAUUAUUGUUGCUCAUGUACUUUUUAUUACUAAUGAGCAAGUGAAUGGACUCUGAGGUUGAAGCACCCGCUGAUUGGUCAAGACACGUGGUCUAGUAGCCCCAGUUCACCCCAGGACUGAUCUGUACAUGCUGUAUAUACACUGCUGCUCACCUGCCAGUCAGACACUAUGUCCCACACUCACUCCUAGGAUGUUAUUCACUUAGUCACAUGUCACUUCUUUACCCAGCCACAUCCUAGACUCCGUCCCAGAACCUUAAACACACAGCAACACCCUGCUUACUUACACUCCUUCCACCUGAAGUUCACAUCCUCUUUGUGUUAAAACACCAGUGACUUCACAUGAUGGCUCCAGUCAUGAUGCUGCUUUCAAGUCCCAAGGGUAAAAAUGGGGAAAUUCACAUACUUCAAUGUUGUUUUACAGAUAGCAAAUACUCCUGAGGAUUUCAGUGUUUGGAAGUAAACUCCAAAUGAUCUGCUUACACAGCACAACUGAACUCAGAUGUAUGAUUGGAAAUGGGUGUGUGAAGUUUAAAAAAUCUCCUUAGAAGCAACCAAAAUCUAUAGAAAUCCUAAGUAACUCAAAGCCUUUCAGCAUUAUUAAAAAUCAACUACACUGAGUCACUGUAUUUAGGUAGAGAGAUUUAUUUUUCUGCCUCUUUGGCCCAAAUCUGAUCUCUUUCUUUCUUUUUUUUUCUAAAAAGGGGGGGAAAUCAGAUUCCCUUUAUUUCCCGCUGCUUAAACAGCCGUAACAACCACAGAAAUCGCCGUUCACAAAUAAAAAAAAAAAUUGGAACUUGUGUGUCUGUGUAGAUGGAUGCUCUGACUGUGAGGGCAGUGAUGGAUACGGGUUCAGCUGUUGUCCAGACGUCAGUGUGGGACAAGGCUGAUGUAUGUAACUACUGACUAUACAUACUGCAUGACGCCAGUUCAGUACUAACUGCAUGUGUUGACCGUGUAUCACAACAGCUGUAUCACAACACACACAUACACACUCCGCAACCUAUGUUACUGUCAAACCUGUAGUAUGUAUGUAAACAUGUGUAACGUCUGUUUCACACACAGACAGCGUGGAUGUGCGAUGAUGGAAUUUGACAAUAAACGAUUCGUACCACCGACUGCUUUAA